UCGCCGUUAUUGCUGUUUUUUUUCUCAACGCGAGCGGUUGACAUUUUUGUAGACAAGAGCGCAGUAAUUAAUUUUUUAAGUUAAAUUGAAAUAAUUUUAAAUCGGGGAAAAAUUUAGUCAACGGAUACAGAAAAAUUAUUGAUUUUUCGCUCGCACGCACACGCGCAUACAUACAACGUCCAAGAUGGCGGACGACGAGCAAUUCAGUUUGUGCUGGAAUAAUUUCAACACAAAUCUGUCCGCUGGAUUCCACGAAUCGUUAUGUCGUGGAGAUUUGGUGGAUGUAUCUCUGGCCGCGGAAGGGCACAUAGUAAAGGCUCACCGUUUGGUGUUGUCCGUUUGCUCGCCCUUUUUCCGUAAAAUGUUUACCCAAAUGCCGUCGAAUACACAUGCAAUUGUGUUUCUCAACAAUGUUAGCCAUUCGGCUUUGAAAGAUCUAAUACAGUUUAUGUAUUGCGGAGAGGUGAACGUUAAACAGGAUGCCCUGCCAGCGUUCAUCAGUACAGCGGAGUCUUUGCAAAUCAAGGGGUUGACUGAUAAUGAUCCCGCGCCGCAGCCCCCGCAAGAGCCAACCCCCCCACCACAAGCCUCACCUCAUGUACAACAACAACAACAACAGGUACCAGCCCAACGCAUUCAGCGUCAACAGGCGCGUGCCCCCGCUCGCUAUAAAAUUGAAACUGUUGAGGAUGGCCUGGAUGAUGACAACAAGGGAGGCACCACCACCCAGAUAGUAAUCCAGACCUCAGCAGCUCCAGCCCAAGCCACCAUUGUACAACAGCAGCAGACGCAGCCACAGACGCAACAAAUCCAAACUGGUACCACGACAACAGCAACGCUAGGUGCAACAAAUAAGCGAUCCGCUCAACGCAGCAGCCUGACAAGCACCAGUGGUGUAGUGAAGCGUUCUAAGACUAGCUUGUCUGCGUCCAGCAACAUAAUUGACCCCCUUGAAGCGACAACGGAAACGGCAACAACAACAUCGGCUCAAUUGGUACCACAGAUAACCGUGCAAACUACUGUUGUCUCUGCUGGGGAUUCAAAGCUGCGUCAACAGCACCAGCAACAACAGGAGGAAGCUGAGUACAUUGGUCUGCCCAUUGAUUUGCCCACCAAAUCGGAACCGGAUUAUGUUGAAGACGCUGGUGAUGCUGCAGGCGAUGGCGAGACUACCUACGUAGAGGAUGAUGCCUACGGUGACAUGCGCUAUGAUGAAAGUUAUUUCACUGAAAACGAAGAUGGCGCUGCCCAAGGAUCGGGCGCAGAAACCUCGGCGAAUGUUAGCGGCAAUGUCACGGCAACCACAUCCAAAGCUGUAGUCAAGCAGUCACAAAGCUACAGCGAUUCAUCAUAUGUGGACGCCGGGGCGGAUCAGAGCAACACAGAGGCUCAAGGCGAUGAUCUUCAGUGGCUAGUUGUAGAGGUUCUUGAGGAUUUGCCAACUGGUGUUUGGAUUGAGAAUCAUGAAUACUAUUUCGUUCGUAACCAGAAGCAGGGCUACAACCUGAUAUUCAAUGGACACAUGUAUAAAAGGGAAGCCAACUAUCGCAACACCACCAACUGGAUCUGUUCGGAUGGCAAUGGAAAGCGAGUGCACGAGAAUAAGUGCAUAGCUCGCGCCAUUACCAAAUCCGAUGGGGGCAUUAAGUUGGGCAAGAAUUCCCAUAAUCAUGCCCCACGUUUCUUUGGCGACAAACUGAAUAAUUAUCUAUUAAAGAAAGAGAUUGUCUGUCCCCAUCCUUUUUAAUUGUUUCUGUAGAAUAGAGAUCAUUUAAUAAAUAUGAUAUGUUUAGACUUAAGUUCUUAUAUCUAACAUUUGGUAACAUUUCGCUCGAUUCUAACAAACAAACAACAAAAUGUCCAACUUUUACUACACCUCCUCAGCAUCUGCGGGAUCAGUGAAAUUCACACACACCUCCAAUGGCGAGUUUCUCAUACUUGAUGGCUGCUCUUACAAGAAAACCCGGGCCAUGCAGUAUCGGACUUAUUACCAUUGCCAAACAUCAAAUUGCCGCGCAUUUUAUGUCCUGAUUGAGCUAAGUCGCAAGCCCCGACUGGUUAAACAUUUCGCCCAUGCGAUGCACUGCAUCCAGUGCAAAUAGAGAGUGCUCGUGUCUGUACUAUAUACCUAUAUAUAAUCUAUCAAAUUGUGUGUAAACAGAUAAGUCCCCAAAUGAAAAUUGUGAAAAGACAAAGCAAACAAAAA